AUGGUGUGGGAGUGCGGAGGCUCUGACUUUUCUGGAUUCUGUGCUUCACCAAUAGAGGAAUCCUAUGGAUUAUUAAUUAGUUCUUGCAAUUCUAGAACCAUGACUGAUGGCUUGGUGACUUUCAGGGAUGUGGCCAUCGACUUCUCUCAGGAGGAGUGGGAGUGCCUGGACCCUGCUCAGAGGGACUUGUACGUGGAUGUGAUGUUGGAGAACUAUAGUAACUUGGUCUCCUUGGAUUUGGAGUCAACAUAUGCGACUGAAAAUAAAAUUUCAGAAAAAGACAUUUUUGAAAUACAUUUUUCCCAAUGGGAGAGGAUGGAAAGAAGUAAAACUCUGGGCCUUGAGGCAUCCAUUUUCAAAAAUAAUUCUAAGCACAAAAGCAAAUUGGGGGGACUACAGGGACAUCAAUACUUUAGCCAAAUGAUAAUUAGCUAUGAAAAAAUGCCCACUUACAGAAAAAGUAGAUCUUUUAGUGCACAUCCAAGAAUUCAUAAUAGAGAGAAACGCUAUAUUUGUAAGGAAUGUGGGAAGGCUUGUAGUCAUGGCUCAAAACUUGUUCAACAUGAGAGAACUCAUACGACUGGAAAACGCUUUGAAUGUAGUGAAUGUGGGAAGGACUUUUUUAGUGCCUAUCAACUCACUGUGCAUCACAGAUUUCAUACUGGUGAGAAACCCUACAAAUGUAAGGAGUGUGGGAAGACCUUUAGUUGGGGAUCUAGUCUUGUUAAACAUGAAAGAAUCCAUACUGGUGAGAAACCUUAUGAAUGUAAAGAAUGUGGGAAGGCUUUCAGUCGUGGCUAUCACCUCACUCAACAUCAGAAAAUCCAUAUUGGUGUGAAAUCGUACAAAUGUAAGGAAUGUGGAAAAGCCUUUUUUUGGGGCUCAAGCCUUGCUAAACAUGAGAUAAUUCAUACAGGUGAGAAACCUUAUAAAUGUAAAGAAUGUGGGAAGGCCUUCAGUCGUGGUUAUCAACUUACUCAGCAUCAGAAAAUUCAUACUGGUAAGAAGCCUUAUGAAUGUAAAAUAUGUGGAAAGGCUUUUUGUUGGGGCUAUCAACUUACUCGACAUCAGGUAUUUCAUACUGGUAAGAAACCCUAUGAAUGUAAGGAAUGUGGGAAGACCUUUAAUUGUGGCUCAAGUCUUAUUCAACAUGAGAGAAUCCAUACUGGCGAGAAACCUUAUGAAUGUAAAGAAUGUGGGAAGGCCUUCAGUCGUGGCUAUCACCUCACACAACAUCAGAAAAUCCAUACUGGCGAGAAACCUUUUGGAUGUAAGGAAUGUGGGAAGGCUUUUAGUUGGGGUUCAAGCCUUGUUAAACAUGAGAGAAUCCAUACUGGUGAGAAGUCCUAUGAAUGUAAAGAAUGUGGGAAGGCCUUCAGUAGCAGCUAUCAACUUACUCGACAUCAGGUAUUUCAUACUGGUGAGAAACCCUACAAAUGUAAGGAAUGUGGGAAGACCUUUAAUUGUGGCUCAAGUCUUGUUCAACAUGAGAGAAUCCAUACUGGCGAGAAACCUUAUGAAUGUAAAGAAUGUGGGAAGGCCUUCAGUCGUGGCUAUCACCUCACACAACAUCAGAAAAUCCAUACUGGCGAGAAACCUUUUAAGUGUAAGGAAUGUGGGAAGGCCUUUAGUUGGGGUUCAAGCCUUGUUAAACAUGAGAGAAUCCAUACUAGUGAGAAGUCCUAUGAAUGUAAGGAAUGUGGGAAAACCUUUGGUAAUGGCUAUCAACUUACUGUUCAUCAGAGAUUUCAUACUGGUGAGAAGCCUUAUCCAUGUAAGGAAUUUGGGAAGACCUUUGUUCAUGGCUCAAACCUUGUUCGACAUGAGCGAACUCAUAGUAGUGAUAAACCUUAUGAAUAUAAAGAAUGUAAGAAAGCCUUUAUGUGGACAACUUACUCAAAUGAGACAGUUGAUACUAAUGAAACUUUAUGAUUGAAGAGAUGUGAACACAUUUUUUAUGUGUAUGAACAACUUAAUAUGAGGAGAAUCUUACUCUUGAGAAAGCUUAUAAAUGUAGGGAAUGUAAAAGCCUUACCUGUGUGUGAACAGUUUACUUGAUAUAUCAGAAAAUUCAUACUAGUGAGAAAUGCUUUGAAUAUAAGGAAUAUGAAAAGGACUUGAGGAUUUUGUAUAGUCUUAUCAAACAUCAGUUUAUGCUGAUGUGAAACCACUCAAAUGUAAGGAACGUGUGAAGAUCUUUAUUCAUGGCAUAAUCAGGUAAACAUUGGAGAUUCAUACUCAUGAGAAACACUUCAAGGAAUGUAGGAAGAACCUAAACUUAAUGCAGUUUUUGCUUUGCAUAUUAGAGAACUCAUACUGUUGUGAAAUAUUUUGAAUAUAAGGAAUAUGGGAAGGCUUAGAGAUAUGAUAAAUAUCUCAGAGUACAUCAUAGAAUCCAUCCAAAUGAGAAACCCUUUAAAUUGGGUUGUAGGAAGGCCCUUAGAUAAGUGCUACUGAAAUUUGUCUAGAGACUAGUGCCAGGCCACAAAAUUGUCACCUGUCUGUCAUGAGAUGAAUGCAGAAAGCAGGAGUAAAUGUUUGGAAACUUUUAUAGCAAUCUGACAUUGCCAUACAAUUAUCAUUUUAUUUUAUAAAAGUAUCAAUCAGUUCAUGAAUGAUUAGAAAUUAAGAAGUUUGCCCUUCCCCAGAAAUAAUGUGAGAGACAGCAUUCACAGUUUUAAAAACAUGAGACUAGCCACAAUACGAUUUAGUUAGAGUAAGAAACUCCUCACUUGCCUCCUCUCUGAUUAGAAUAGCAGAAUAUUCACACUGUAGGAAGAUUUGGUUACCAUGAGUCACAACUUCCUUGUGCUUAUAAAAAGCACACAGAAUUUAUAACAGAUGUGUUCAUUUAAUGAAGGUAUAGAAAUGUUCCAACACUAUCCAGUCUUUUUUAAAGUUUAUUUCAUUUUUGAGAGUGAGCGAGAGAAAAUCCAA